AGAGUCCUCAGGAAUUGGGACAGAUCCGCGUGCGGAAUCCUGCGAGUGCCCUUGUAAAGGAAAGAAGCCAAAGCCCUUUCCAGAGUGCGUCAAGGGUGUAGAGGCUCCGAAGCCCCUUAGGCCAUGGAGCUCUCGCCCAGCCUGUUGCUGCUGUUGCUGCUGCCGCCGCAGCUGGCCGCUUCGGAGGCCACGCCGGAGCCGUGCGAGCUGGACGAUGAAGAUUACCGUUGCGCCUGCAACUUCACGGAUCCGCAGCCUGACUGGUCCAGUGGAAUCCAGUGUAUGGUUGCCGUCGAGGUGGAGAUCCGUGCCGGUGGACACAGCCUGGACAAGUAUCUAAAGCACGCGGAUCCUGACUCGCAGCAGUACGCUGACAUGAUAAAGGCUCUGCGCUUGCGGCGGCUCACCGUGGGCGCUGCCCGGGUUCCUGCCCGGCUCCUGUUCGCAGUCCUUCGUGCGCUCGGUUACUCCCGCCUCAAGGAACUGACGCUGGAGGACCUGGAGGUAACCGGCACCUAUCCGCCGCCGCCUCUGGAAGCCACAGGGCCUGCGCUCUCCACCCUCCGCCUGCGCAACGUGUCGUGGGCCACGGGGGGUGCCUGGCUGGCCGAACUGCAAAAGUGGCUCAAGCCAAACCUCAAGGUACUGAGCAUUGCGCAAACACACCCGCUUGCUUUAUCUUGCGAGCAGUUCCGCACCUUCCCGACUCUCACCACCCUAGACUUGUCGGACAACCCUGGACUGGGCGAGCGCGGGCUGGCUGCGGCCCUCUGUCCUCACAAGUUCCCCGCCCUCCAGGAUCUGGGGCUGCGCAACACAGGGAUGGAGACUCCCAACGGCGUGUGUGCGGUGCUGGCGGCGGCUGCUGUGCAGCCUCACCGCCUAGACCUCAGCCAGAACGCGCUGCGCGCCACCGCAAACCCCGGCGGCCCUAGGUGCGUCUGGCCCAGCACAUUGAGCUCUCUCAACCUGUCAUUCGCUGGACUGGAGCAGGUACCUAACGGACUGCCGGCCAAGCUCAGCGUGCUGGAUCUCAGCUGCAACCGGCUGAUCAGGGCGCCGCGGCCAGAUGAACUGCCCCAGAUGGAAAACCUGAUACUGGACGGGAAUCCCUUCCGGGACCUUGGAGACCCCAAACCCCAGCAGGAUACAAUGAACUCUAGUGUGCCCCUAGCCUGUGUGCACUCGCUCCUGGCCAUAGGAAUAUCAGGAACCUUGGCACUGCUCCAAGGGGUCAGGGGCUUCGUCUAGGUCCCAGGGGGAUCAGAGUGAAUGGACUCAAGUUGCACUGACUGGGGAGGGUGGGGGGAGGGCUGUCAGCAGGAGGUCUCUACUAACCAACCCUCUACCCCACUUUAUUAAUAUCUUAAACAGAUGACCCCCGUGUUAUCCAUUCAACAGAUCUUUACUGGGUAUCUACUAGAUGCUGGGCCUGGAAUCCAUACUUUGACUUUCUUCAUCCUACCUCCCUAGGUACCCUACCCCCCUACCCCAAGGAAAGAACUACAGAGGAAGAUGAGGCAAGGAAAAGGUCUGUAUGUGAGGCGGGGGGGUGGGGGAGCUUCAUAAGUUUCUGUACAAUCAGGGAUUUCUGAUAAAAUACUGGCAACUGGAUUAUUAAUAGAUGUUUGAAUGGUAAACAUUCCUGGAAGAUACAGAAUGUUUUCUCCCUCGUGCACUCCCAGAAACAUCUGCUCCCGCUCAAGGGUAAUAAAACUCAGAUCCAUUUGCUUACAUACACACAAACACACACACACACUCAUUCUGUCUUUCUGUCUCUUCCCUUCUUGCUCUCUGUCUUCCCCAUCCCCCAAGAGAGGAAGGACAGCUGUAUCACCUGUCUGAUAUAAGCAACGAGUUCCGUAACUUCAGGGGUCUUCUGUGGUGUAAACGCCCUCUGCACACACAGGUACCCUGGCUUCCACCAAGACACCCCAUGAGAAAUUGGAACAUGGGGAACUGAUGCAAGCUGCUCUGGGAUUAAACAGUCCAUCUCUGAACUGAAGAUAUUGUGAUUCUGUUAGUACAUAUGUGUAUAACUAUGGCAGGCUGUCUUUUUAACUAGCAAAUAGGGUAACAUCUCAGACCCUUCACAGGGUCUUAACAGUCUGGACCCUCUGAACCACAUUAACUCAGACAUCUAAGAGGGUGGUCAAGGAAUGCAGUUCCUUUUUCAAGUGUCUUCUUCUUCAUUACAUUGAGGCAGUCACCCAUCAGAGAGCUGAACACUGCCUCACAAGGAACAUGGGAGAGGGAUAGGUGGAGGAAUAUAAGCUCAACCCUGCUUCUUUGCUUCCCUCCUCCUUUCAGAGCCACAAUGGUAGAGAAAGGGAAUAGAGAAUUAACAUUGAUGGGAGAGUUGCACAGGUCAUCAGACCAUAGACUCAAAGAAUCUCAGAGGAUGGCCAAUUUAACUUGCAACCUGAGUCAGGAAACCCCCCUGAAGUGUCCCUAAGGAGUCUUCCUCCAGACUGUUGGGACAUGUCUAGUGUCAAAAAUGAACCACUUCUAGCCAUUUUCAUACAUUCGAAUAUCUCUGAAUUGAAUACCUCUGACCACUCUUCACAUAGCUACAGAGCCCCUGCUCCACAUCAGGCCUUGUGCUAGAAGUCUGGUAUGCCAACAUGAAUCAGAAACAUCUAUGCCCUCAGGGAAUGCUCACCCAGUAAGAGAGAGAGACAAAAGAUAGUUGUGAUUCAAUGAGAGAGAGGCAUCAACUCUACAGGGGUCUGUUAUGGAUUGAAUUAUUAAAAAAAAAAAAAAUUGCUGUGGAGU